ACAGGCACCUUUGCCCAGGGCCAUUGCAUGCUUUGCGCAGGUACACGUUGAUCACACCCCCCUAGCCCAGCCCCAGCCCAGCCAUGACGACCUAUAUCUCCUCCCUCACCCUCCCGAGCUUUGUCUUUGAAAACCCAGCAGUGUCCAUCCUGCUGCCGCUCGUCUGCGGAACAGCCACUGGGUUUGCCAUUAGUCCAAGUGUGUCUCAGACAGCAUACCGUACAUUGAAGCAGCCUCCUCUGCAUCCGCCAGGCUAUGUCUUCGGCCCGGUUUGGACAGCAUUGUAUGCAACCAUGGGCUACACGGCCUACCGCGCAUACACCACUGGCACAUCCUCCUUGAACCCUAACACUGUUGCUCUCGCCCAGCACGGAGCUACUCUCUACUCCAUCCAGCUUGCCCUGAACCUGCUAUGGACACCUCUUUACUUUGGCUUGAAGCAACCCAUUGCUGCUUCAGUUGACAUCCUGGCUCUUGGUGGAACGCUCGCUUAUCUUGUCAACGUUUGGGGACAAGUUGACCCCGUCUGUGGAUGGCUGCUCGCACCAUAUCUUGGCUGGGUUAGCUUCGCAACUUAUCUCUGCAUUGGCUCCGGUUACUUGAACAACUGGGACUUCAAGGUUCUUUCAAAGAAGGACUAAAAGAAGGCAUAUAGCACGUGAACAAGGUGGCCGUAUACUUACUAAUCAGCCAGCCUUGUAAAGCUCAUUGCUUUUUUCGGACACUGUCGCAUCAAACAAUCCCCGGUCUGGUCGCGUUGUCCACGCCAAGAACAGUUACCCUGCUGUAGUUACCGUUAGUAUCCUCUGUUUUUCUGACACCAGAGACUUUUGUAAGCACUCAAUCCCAACGCCAAAAAUUCCUCACAAUAAAUUGUAGUACUACAAUUUUUGAACAUGUUACAUG